AUGCAUCCACCACCACCACCAUGCCCUGUCCUUGCUCCCUUCUCUUUCGCUCCUCUCCAUCCCCUCGACAGUCACUCAGUCGCAUCGCGAAGCCCUUCCUCCAUUGCAAUCCACGCUUCAUCUUGUAUAUUCCCAUCACCCCUCAGCCUGAUCGCUCCAACCUUCGCCAUCGUCCUGCAGCGAGCCGGUCGGUCUGGAAGCCCACGCUUUGCAAAUCGUUCGUCGCCUUCUCCCGGGCGUCUAUUUCUGGGCCGCCACUCCUCUACCCUCCUCGGCGCCUCCAUUGUGACCAUCUCGUCUCCCGACUGCACCUAUCACACCCUCUCUUGCCUGUACGACCGCACCUUACUUUGGCGCCAUACAUGUAGAACCCUGUUCACAGUCACCAUUGAGAAACGCAACUCGCAAGAUUCGCUCGCACCAUCUGUAAAGACUCCAAGAACAGCUCGCUUCGCCGAAGCCACUUCAGUAUACUCGCCCAUCGACCCACCCAGGUCACCCUUCAACUACCCCACAAACCACUACAAGCCGCAACCCCAGGUAUCAGACGUCGGCUUCGGCUACGUCCCAUCCGCCGUCAUCGAAAUGGAGGAAACCGACCGGAAGUAUCUUCCUCCACCUACCCCAAAGACCCCUCUCAAGAGCGCACUCAAAUCACCUGGAGCACCACCACGGACCACCGAAACCAUGAUCCUGAGUCCAACCUUCAGAGAGGAGCGUGAGCUGGAAAAGAGGGAAGAGAUGACUGAGCACGAGCAAACCAAAGACUUGAAAGUCAAGGUCAGAGUAAGAAUAGCCAAAAUCUUCCUCCGUGGUAUCAACUUUGCUUGCAGUUUGAUCAUUCUCUCCAUGCUGGCCACCGCAUUCUCCAUCUUCAACGCAACCAAGACCCUCGCACCAAGGAACGGUCUCCCAGCAUGGGCCGAAAACACGAAGAUCUGGCCCCAGGUACUACUCCUCUCCAUCGCCGGCAUCUCACUCUUCCUAUCCGUCUGUGUCAUGAUCACAUAUGCACGCAAAGGACACCAGAGAGCAGAAAAAGUUGCAGCAUACUACACCGUCUUCGCCGUAGGCUUCUUCAUCUUCAGCAUCAUCAUGUGGGCCGUUGGCGCCGCUCUCUUCAACCAAAGCAAAGCACAGGGAAAUAACAAAGAUAUGUGGGGAUGGUCCUGCGUCGACAACAAGCGACGACACCUCUUCGAAGAUGAUGUGUCUUAUGCUCUUGUCUGCCGCCUCCAAAACUGGUCCCUUGUAUGCUGCAUCAUCGAGGUCGUCAUCGAGACGCUCUGCAUCAUCAUCUACGCCAUCGUCUUCUACCGCUUCUGGUCCAAGCGCAAGCUCCGCAAGUCCAUGGCCGUCCGCGACCGCGCCCGUUCCGAUCUCUACCUCGCACAACUGCGCUCACAAUCCGCUCCCAACACUCCCGGCUUCGGACCCCUCUCCCCCCGUUCCGGUGGCUGGCGUCCUCCACCAGGUCACCCAGCUUACGUCGACCCUCACUCCGCCGCCGAGAACGGCGAAGCGGGAGGCAACACGCAAUUCGCGCGCGAGUUCUACCAACCGCAACCAUUCAACUUGCAGCCACCACCCAUCAAGAUCCAGGGCGCCACACCAAAGGUCGAGCAAGAGGGCUUCGCUGCCCCGCCACCUCCCGCUCCCCUUGCAUCUCCUGGCUUCCAGCAGAAUGUAAACCAGCACGUUGCUGCUGCGCCCGGUGAGCAGACAUACGACGCAGUGCCCAUCCCUGGUGCGUAUGCCGGCCCGCCUUCAGUGCCUGCUCCCGCUGUGACGAACUCGGCACCGCAAGGAUUCGACUUCGGCCCUGCUGUCACCAGCGGACAGAAGUAA